GACGGGGAUCAGCACCUGAGAGAUACAGCAGGCUUUUCCACUUUUCUCCAGCCCAAAAAAGUGAAGGGUACGGGGUCUUCGGGCAACUCUACGGAUGCUGCGUAGUCUGUGUGGGUGAGGCAGAAAGAACAGAGAGCAGGGAACCUAGUGCGGAUGCUCUGUCGAGAGCGAGAGGCAAACUGGCACACAGGCAAGCCGCAAAAGCGAGCUCGCUGCCCACCUCCGGGAUGAGCAUGAGCACUGAUUCUUUCAAGUUGGCGCAGCCCGUCGCCCAUCCCAAUCCAAGACCGUCUGAACCCAGGCAAGCCAGGCUGUCAGGGGAGGACAGACUAACCAGACCGGCCGAGACAGUCAGAUUGAGCAGAGAGUGAGAGCCCCUCAGUCAACCGCACACACCACACACCACACUUUAGCUGGCUCUCCUCUCCUUCUGCGGUCUUUUUCUUUUCUCUUGCUUCAUACUCCUUACUCACUCACCAUUAUUCUCUUUCUCUCAUCAGCCCUCUCGUCUCGAAACGACAGGGCGAUGCCAGCAAGGAGACAAUCAUAAAUCUGAGUCGUCAGGGAAACUGGAACACCGAGAUCCCGACAUCCUGCACUUUAACAGCCAAAUAAACGCGGCCCCGACAUAGAUCCAACGGCCGACUGCCUUGCACGUUGGCCCUGUCCCUUCUUCAUCCCAUCCGAUUUCUCGGGUCCAACAGACUAGAGAAAGAGAGAGCCACGAGCUGCUCGUCCUACCGCCAUCUAAGAGACCAGCCUCUUGGUACGGCCCCGUUGGAGGACACGGACAAAUACUCCCGUCCUCGCUCUACGCACAAACAUCAGGAUACGCCCAACAUCAAAUUACCCUUUACUCUUGGCUCCUGGCAAGGCUCGAUACCAACAGUUCCUGACUUCACGCCCGCACUAGCGAAGAUCCCGUGUCGGAUCACGUCAACUUGGAUGCAGGUCCAGAGAGACAAGCACCGAAGCCACUCUCCCACCGUUGUUGAUAGAACCAACCCUGUUCUCACUCACUCUACCGUCUACGGUGCCGGAUACUCUCUCUGCUCUGGUCUUUAUCCCUACUCGGUCGCCCCCAAGCCUAAGCCAGCCUGGCCUUGUCACUUGGAGGCAUUCCAUCGCUGCCCCCGAUACAUAGGAGCGCCAAUUCCCUCCCCUCCCACCCUUCCCAGGCUUUGAUCAUCCUUUCAUAACUACCUUACUUUCCUUCGUCGUUCCCGCGUUGUACCCAGCGCUACGUCCUUGGCCCCCCGGCCUUUUGGAAGGCUCGCACUCUCCACCCUUCCGCCCUCUUCUACAGUUCUGACUGCGAUACACUCCUUUUCCAUCUUACUUCUUUCUACUGUUCAUUCCAUCAAAGGACGAACGACGAGUCGACCCGUUUCAUUCCGUUCCAUACCGACAAUCGCGCAAUACAGCCAUCUCUGGUUUGCCGACACUCUUUUCCUCACCACAUCGACGACCCAUUCGGCGCCUUACCCACGACCGAACGACCGAUUGGGGCCAUGUCUGCAAAUGCCUGGCCCGGGGCCGACAGCUCCUCCCAGCACUCCGGGCAGCUGUCGCAGAAAGAUCUCGUCCUCGACCAGCAAAUGAUUAAGCACCUUCUUAACAGAUAUGGCCAAGACAAACUGAAUCUUCUUAUCCAGGAAACCACCGGCCCUCAGUCGGAUGGUGCAUCAAUUGUGUCGUCGGCGCAGUCAUCUAUCCUGUCAGAUGACCAGUCGAGCAUGUGGGAUACCCAGAGCAUCAGAACAUUCUCCGACACAUCGUCAAUCACUGGCAGCAUCAUCUCCAAUGUGUCUCGCGGCACAUCGAAAAUCCUGGGUAGACGGAGUGGAAGCAGUAGCGCCGCGGCUGCUGCCCAAGCCCAAGCGGCGCAACAGGCAGCUCAGACGCAGCAGGACUCGGAAUCAUGGAACGGCAUCGACGUGCCCAACUCGUCCAACACAGCAUCCGACGCUGCAUCAAUCUCCACCAGUGCCUCAAAGCAAAAGGGGGCUUUCAUGUGCGGAUUCUGCAAGGAGGAGGAUAUCACCAAAACGUGCACUCGCAAAAACGAUCUCAAGCGCCAUAUUGAAGACUUCCACAACGUCAAUGCCCAAUGGUUCUGCCGUCAUCGUGGUUGCCAAAUGGUGUUUGAUUGGCAAGGCGCCUACAAGACACAUCUGAAGCAGGCGCAUGGCGGUUCGAGAAUGUCCCUGGACGAGGCCAAGGUCAACCUUUGCCCACAAGUCGUCUUUGCGUGCGGCUUCGACAAUUGCCUGCAAGUGUUCGAAGCGCAAGGCGACUCGGACGCAAGUGCGACCUUCAAGGAGUACGUGAGCCACGUCGUAAAGCACUUUGACGAAGGAUCCAACAGUGGCGAUUGGUCAUACUCAGCAAGGAUACGGAACCUCCUCAGACAAGGCCAGGUACAAUCAGCUUGGAACGAAUCGAUGUGGAACGAGGCGUCACGGACAUCUCUGCAAUGGAGCCCCCAGACAUCUGGCAUUUUGAGGAAACGACUCGAGUGUCGCCAUGUCGGAGAUGUCAAGCUGCUUGUGCAGUACGCCAUGAUGCUCGGCUCCGACCCUAGCAGCAUUGGAAAGUUCCGCGAAGACUUCGUCACACCUGUUGCCGAUACGUGUACCUUGCACAUGCCUGGGCACAAAUCACGACAACCGACCAUCGCCGCGCCUCCUGAGCAGCCGGCCGAUCCUUUCUCCUUCAAGAUAUCACGCGGCGCAAACCCUGCCCUCGCUGCUUAUAUGGCGUCUCAACGUAGAGUCUACGUUCCAAGACAGCAGCGAGUUGUGAGGCCACCGCAAUUACAUCACCCUCACCAGCAGGUACCGUCAUCGAACCCGAUGGCCAGUCACUCCCGGUUAUCGCAAUCAUCACAUUCAUCACACACAAGUAGCCAUCACGGCCACCCACAGGUUCACCAUAACAACCAGAGUCACAGCACUUUGGGACAUUUCUUCCAGGCGAUGCCCGAAUCACAGAUGUACGACCCCAACAGCAACGCCCAAGGCUUCGGACCCAGCAGCGGCGCAAUGCACCACAAUGGAAUUAUAGCAGACGAUAUGCAGAGCCUAAGAAGCAUGGGCGGAGGCGCACCCGAGUCGACAGACGUGGAAAUGCAGGACGGUUUGAUGCCGGAUUUCUCUUCGCCCUACGGACAACAUUCAGCAAAUCUGACAAGUCCAUCCAUCAACGGUCAUCCUGACGGAUUCUUCCCUCCCGGACAAGCUUAUUAGGCAGCUAUGCCCGAAGCAAUUUGCGACGACCCAACAGUACCGACGACACGAGUGAGCGGCCAGCGACCAGCUGCAGGCCCAUGUAUCAACAAAAUUAGAAGCACAUUUUUACUCCAGCCUCAUCUCCCGCAAGAGAUGUUUUUCUUUGACUCUUUAUUUCAAUCCAAUUUCUUUUGUCGGCGUUUUCUAUCAAGAUCAUAUACCCAACAUCGGUUGAACGCCAUACUGGGUAUAUUCGCAGUAACUACAGCCUUGGACGACAUACGACUGGACGGACGACGGAAGAGCAGGAUUGUACAUGACAGCUGGUUGCUAGACCAGAGUCGUCCGAAAGUGUUUCGACACGAACGAGUAGGGCUAUCGUGAAGGCGGUUAUACUCUUUUAGAGAGAUGGGAUGAGGCAUAUCAGGAAAGCAAGGACGGACUCGGGAACAUGGGACGCGGCCAAGGUAGAACGGCCUGGAUUUCCGUGAAGCACUCUCAGGUGAAAGCAACAAGGCUUGGUACCUGGUGCGUUAUACCCACCGGCGAAACGGUUGGAAUCGACUUCUUAAUUUCCACCAUUAUCAUCACUUUUACUUCUUCCUGCUUCCCUUCUGUGCCUCAUUGCUUCAUGCCCGUUGAUGAGAUGGAAAACGACUUGGGAUGGCUUGCGAAGCAAUUUCUGCCCCGGCAGCCAAAGCCAACCCGCGCUCGUACAUUGUCGUGCUCCCUGCGCUGCCUGUGCCGCGCGUCCAGAGCCCUGUGAAGAGACGAAUUGACUCGGUCGUGACAUUAGGAAUUGACGAGGGGCAGACAUUGUUCGAGUAAGGCGCCGAGUCAUGUGCGUUGACGUGACGAGCAGGCCCUCCCUGGCAGCUGCGCAUAUAACUCUGCGGCGUCAAGAUCACUGAUUAACUACACGUGGCACCCAUCGGCCCCCAUUUUGAGGACCUACAAGGGCAUGAGAGGAGGAUGUACGAUUUGCGAGGGGGAUUUGCUGCCGCUUUUCCGUCGGACUUUUAGAGAGAGAGAGAUGGCGCCAUUUUUGUUGCAACUGUCAGCACGCUCUCCCGGCAGAUCCCCGUGCUUUCCUUCGGAUGUUGGAGGGAAGACUGCACGGAGAUGGACGGGUACGGAUCCAGAUGAAUUGCGGCUUUGUGGUUUUAUUAGCGAUCGAUGAGGAUUUAUAAGGCUGUGCUUGUUCCCCUUUCAUAUUUUGAGCUUGUUUCACCAGGCUAACGGUUCAGCGACACCGUUGAUCUUUCUGGGGUCAGCUGGGGUAUGUUUGCCACAGUUUUGGCUUAAGGUUUAGGCCUCUUGAGUCUAUCUAGGUUUCUUGGCUCUAGCUGCCUAGGUCCCUUGGGUUUAGGUCCUAGUCUAAGAUCGCCAAUGGCUGAACGAACGACGAAAGGAUAUCACGCAUGAGGUAUAGAUAGGCAGACAGACUAGACAGACACAUGGCAUUUGCCAUUGGGAUUUUGCAUGAAUUUGGGGGCCAAGGGGUGGGGGAGGGAUGUACCGCAUAGCUCCGGUCGGCUACACCCGUUUCCCUUGGGUUGAAAGAAAGGAAAGGUAUGUUGACCAUGAGACGGGAUAGGAAGGGAUUGGGGGUUCUGAGGUCUGUGACGGCGUCUGGGAAAGCUGGCGCUUCUCUCUCUUGUGUCUCUCUUUGUCGUUGCCUCCCACAGGACGAAUUUAAGCUUUUUAUCCUUUGUGGGACGGGGAAUCCUAAACGGGUACCUGCCUUGAUUGAGCAUCGUGAGGCAGACCGGUUAUGCGAUGAGAAAGGGUGAGUGGGAAAGGCGUCUGGUUGUGUAUACACAGGAGAUCUGGGAUAUGGGAGGUUUUAUCUGAUGAUUUGUUGUCACGUUUGGUGGUGGUGGAGCUGGGAUUCCGGUUGACGGCCGGACGGGAGAUUGACCGUGGGCUCUUGGGGACCGGGUAACGGAGGGUUCAGUGGAGCUACGAUCGGGGGCUUGGGAGCGAGAGAGAUGUCAAGAUGUCAGUGCGGUUAAUGGGGGCUCUUUGGUUAAGCGGAGUCUCCGUGACCCCCCUUUUGCGGCUAUUCGUACGGAGAGAAACGCUUCUUUGGUGGAGAUGGAGGGGGAAGCGGGAGACUGGUUUUUCUUGGCGGUUCCUUGCCGCUGGGAUUUCGCUGCGUAGAAGAGGAACAGAGUUAAGG